AUGGGUCAUUUUGAUGAGAACCUGCUGGCUGCCGUCAUUCUCCUGAGAACUCAUGAGGAGAUGUCCGAAAAUGAUGAACGACGCCACUUGUUCGGCACAACGCGGAUCUUAAACUCGAUAGCCUCCUUCGCAGCCGAUGGCGGGCUCCGUGAGUCUGCUAGCUGGGUGUCGCUCAGACAGCACAUCUACAUCUCCCUCACCUCCCAGCACCCACUCACUAUCAACCUUACUAACUACCGCCAUUCGAGCGUCUUUCAUGUCUCCGAUGACGAAUCCUGGGCGAAUCGGAUCAUCUUCAUCUUUGCCCGAAUGCUUACCUAUGUGUUUGGUGAAGACAACAAGCAGUUGUCCCUGGAGCAAUGGGCUGAGUUGGACGCCGAAGUCGCCGCCUGGGAGGUGUCCAAGCCCUGGCACUUUACACCCCUGUUCGUCGAGAGCCCCGGAGUCUCUGCACUGAAGUCAAACCGGAGUCCAUGGCCAGAGCUCUAUGUGUGCAAUCCGGCACAGGUAGUAGGACUUCAGCAUUACUAUUUUGCCAAGAUCGUCCUGGCCAUUUAUGACCCCCGGCUCUCAAAGUUGAGUUUCGGAUCGUUGCGUUUGAGAAGGGACUCUGAAUCCAUGGUCCGCGAAUGUCUUCGAAUGGUGGUCGGUCUAGCGGUCAGCAAUGACCAUGUUCAGACCGCAAUGUUUCAGGGGUCCCAUAUUCUUUCUGCAUGCGGCAUGUAUCUGAACAAUCGAGAGGAGCAGGAAGCCGCUGUCAGCUUCCUGGAACAGAUGACCCGGCGCAUGGGUUGGCAGACUUCACAUAUCAUUCGCGGCCUCAAGGAACAGUGGCAAAUCUGA